AUGGGCGACUUGCAGCGAAACCUCACAGAGGAAUUGGCGGAGGCUCGAGAGAGAGUAAGUGCAGUUAAGAAAGAAUUUAAACAAAAAGUUGGCGAAUUACAAAAAGAGCACGAGGAAUGGAGGCAUAUUAUAGAGAAUCAUCAGCAACAUAUCAAGGAGUGGCAAGAUAAGUACGAUGAGUCUCAGGCACAAGUGCGACAACUGCGGCAACAAAUGCAACUUAACGAGCAGCUGCAGGCUGACCUUAGUGAGUAA